UAUUCGCCAAGCACAGGAGUCCGUUUUAAAACGUCUCUACGAAAGAUCGGAACCGCUUCAGCGAUUUCAGAUACGAAUAUCCCCGCAGCAACGCCAAAUACAAUGGCAGAUGGAGCCCUGAAAGAUAAUGAUUAA